AAUUGCGUCAUAAAAGAUAUGAAUGAAAAUUAUACACAUUUGAAACAAUCUAUAUAAUAAGGUGUGUACUAGAAAAAUUCCGUCGUUAAAUUUUAUACGACAAUAUUUUCGUUAUUUUGUGAAUUAAAUAUUUUUAAUAUCAGCUGAUCAAUAUGUCAGAAACACCACGGAUUCUUUCGAUACAAAGUCAUGUAGUGUCUGGUUACGUUGGUAAUAAAAGUGCAAUAUUUCCUUUGCAGUUGUUGGGCUUUGAGGCAGAUGCAAUUAAUUCUGUUCAACUUUCUAAUCAUACUGGAUACAAUAUUUUUCGAGGUCAAGUAUUGAAUGAUAAAGAUUUAGAUUUAAUAGAUGGAUUAGCAAAAAAUAAUUUAAUUAAUUAUACACAUUUACUUACUGGAUAUGUUGGUUCUGCAUCAUUCUUAAGAAAAAUAGCAGAAGUUGUUCGUAUGUUAAAACAUAAAAAUCCUAAUCUUAUAUAUGUGUGUGAUCCUGUUAUGGGUGAUAAUGGAAAAUUAUAUGUUCCUGAAACAUUGGAAGAAAUUUAUAGAAAAGAAAUAAUAUCAUUAGCAGAUAUUGUAGUACCAAAUCAAUUUGAAUUAGAAUUAUUAAGUAAUAUAAAGAUCAAUACAAUGUCUGAUUUAGAAAAUGCUAUAAAAAAAGUACAUAAAAUGGGUCCUCAAACAGUAGCAGUUUCAUCAACAGAACUUGAUAAUAAAUUAACAACAAUAAUUAGCACAAACAAAGAUAAUAAAUUAAUAAAAAUUGAUAUUCCAAAAAUACCAAGUACAUUCACAGGUUCUGGAGAUCUUUUUGCUGCUCUAUUUUUAGCUCAUACAUAUUUACAAGAUGAUAUGAAAAUUGCUAUUGAAAAAACUGUAAAUAGUUUAUAUAACAUCUUACUCAAAACUUAUGAAUAUUCUCAAGCAUGUCAAGAUAAAGAAUAUGAGCCUGCAAGAAGAAUUGAAUUACGUUUAAUACAAAACAAGAAUUGCAUUGAAAAUCCAGAAAUUAAUUUUUUUGCUGAACCACUUAUAUUAUAAAAAAAUUAAUAAUAAUAUAUGUGCAUAUUGCUGAAAAUCAAUAAUAUUUAAUUUAAUAAUGUUACAUUAAUAUGUAACAUGUAUGUAAUAUGUUACAUUAAUAUGUUAUAUUAUGCUAUGCAUUAGUUAAAAAUAUGAAAUAAUUAAUUAAUUGAUUUUGUUUAUUAUAAAUUACAAUAUAUACAUAUAAUAAUAUAUACAAUAAUUGAUAAAUAAUUUUAUCAAUUAUAAAAAUGUU